AUGGCAGACGACCGCUUCUCGAUGGGCCUCUUCGACGCGCGCAUCAAGGACCAGCGGCAUCAGGUGUUCAAGGUCCUCGGCAUGUACUUCGUCCUCAUGACGGUCGCGAUCUGGGGCCUCCUCAGCCUGUUCUGGGGCAGCACCUACCAGCUAGAGAGCUACUUCCCGAGCGUCAAGGUAUACGUCUACGACUUUGACUCGGUCGCGACCCCGAACGCCGUCCUCGGCCCCGCCGUCGUCCGGUACCUCCAGUCGACCUUGUCGUCGCCCGUCCACCUCGGCAUCAUCGUGCGCGACCCGGCUGGCAAGACGUUUGACGACGUCGCGAGCGAGAUCGUCGGCGAGAAGGCGUGGGGCGCCGUCGUCAUCAACGCCAACGCGACGAGCAACUUUGAGGCCGCCAUGGCGGGCACGGGCGGCUUGCUCGACGGCCAGUGGGCGCCCAAGGGCGCGAUCAGCUUGGUCGUCGCCGGAGCGAGAUGGUACCAGGUCGUCCUCGAGUACCUUCUCCCCUACCUGGGCAUGUACGUCGAAACGCCCGUGCUCGAGGCGUCUCAUCAAGCCUCGGCCUCCUUCUUGUCGACCGCAACGCCGGCGACCCUCGGCGAGUUGACGUCGGCGCAGCAAGCCGCUCUCGGCACGCCGUUCGCGUACCAGGAGGUCGACUUGCGGCCCAUCCUCCCCGGUCAGUGGGCCGGCGCCGCACCUCUCGAGGCCGGCUUGAUCUACUACAUCAUCUUCGCCUUCCACAUCGCCCUCUUCUUCUUCUUCUCGCGUCUGCCGCUGCAGGGCAUGACCAAGAAGCACGGCAUUAAGAUCCGGUGGAUCCACGUCUGCCUGCUGCGCAUUGUGCCCGUCCUUUUCGCCUACUUCAUCUUGUCGCUCGCCUACACCCUAAUCAACAAGGCGUUCCUUCUCCCGACCGACGGCAACGGCUACGCCAGCUUCGGCCCUCAAGCCGGGUUCAUGGUCCUGUGGAUGCUCGACUGGAUUGCCCUGGCGUCCCUCGGCUUGGCGAUGGAGGCCAUGCUCACCCUCCUCACCCUCAAGUUCUUCCCGCUGUUCCUCAUCACCUGGAUCCUCAGCAACAUCACGAGCUCCUUCUUUCCCGCAACCCUGGCCCCAAAGAUCUUCCGUUACGGCUACAUGAUGCCCUUCUGGCACUGCACGACGGCGACCAAGCACAUCAUGUGGGGCACGCGCAACCGCCUGGGCCUCAACUUUGGCGUCCUCCUCGGGUGGUGCGGCGUGUCGCUUGUCACGAUCUGCCUCUUCGAGCUCAUGUGGCGGCGGAUUGAGGAGAGGAAGGAGCGCCAGGAGAGCGCCAAGGACGUCGAGGGUCAGGGCGCGCACAAAUAGAGCCUUCUCUCGCGCUCUUUCUCGCUGUAGACAGACUCGUUGUUGUACUCAAUUCAUCGUUGCACAUC